AUGGACCCGAACAUUGCAGCUGUACAGGCGAUCGCCCACAACAAGUUCCUUUCCUGGGAAUGGCUGCGAUCAGAGCCAGAUGCGGUCAAGGCCGCAUACCCGCCCCUGCGGAACAAAGACUUCAUCAUCGAGGCCACCCAGCCGCAGGCAGCCCCAGGAGCGAUCCAGAGGCCCAUCAGCACCACCACCAUCAAGGCCGACCUCAACGUGAAUUUGUGCACCUACAACUGCAGAUCACUCAAGGCCACCGUUAGCUUCAAGUCGGGCAAAGGCAAGGCGGCCGGCAAAAGCAAGCAGAGCCUCUCCAAGGUCACGCACCUAGCAGCACAGUUUGCUGACAUGGGCCUGCACGUCGUCGCCCUGCAGGAGACGCAGAGCGAAGGAGACGUCCGCAAUGUAGGUGAAUACGUUUGCUACUCAUCAGGCCACACGCAGCAGAACAGAGGAUGCGACAUCUGGCUCAACGUCUCCCAACCUAUCAGCGCGAGUGGGGCAGCGAAGUACCUAAGUGCCAAAGACACCCUCGUCCUCCACCAGCACGACAGGCUCUUGAUCAUCAAGACCCGCGUUGCAGGCACAGAUAUGGUUAUCGCAUCCGCAUACGCACCCCGCGAAGACUCCCACGCGGCGGAGAAGAGAGAAUUCUGGGAGUCUGCUCAGCGAUUGUCUGACAAGUACCGAGUGGACAUCUUCAUGGGGGACCUGAACGGGCGUCUUGGCGACUACGAGUCCCCAGGAGUUGGCACCAGUGGGUACCCAGAAGUGACCAACGGCAAUGGCAAGCACAUCAUCAGCUUCGCUGCCGACACCAACAUGGAGGUCAUCAACACCACGAGGGAUCCAGGCAACAACUCAUAUACGCACGUCGGAUCGAAGGGGCAGCACCACAGGAUAGACUACAUCCUGCUGAGCUCCUCGAUCGCCCAGUACGUCGCGAGCUGCAGCACGGAGCCAGGUCUGGACCGAGGCACAGCUGCACAAGACCACAUACCAGUACUAGCCACCCUCAAGUGGGCCGUCUGCAAGACCACCAAGGCCUCAGGACCGAGGCCCGACCUGACCAACUUGAACAAUGACGUCGCCAAGGCCAGCUUCAAGGAGAUUCUCAAGCAGGCCCCGAUUAUCCCCUGGGAGGUGGACGUCAACACCCACUGCGAGGAGGCCAUCAGGGUCGUCAACGACGCGGCCAUCCAGGCCUUCGGCAAGGCCUCCAAGGCAACGAGGAAGCCAUACGUCACCAAGACUACCAUGGGCCUGAUCCGAGCCAGGUCUGGGCCCAUAGUUGCCGCGGCCGUCGAGAAGGUGAUCCACAACUCCCAGGAAAUGGCGGACCAGGAGCUUAACCAUUUCGCGAAGAUACAGGCGGGGAAGAUCGUGACAGCGGAUGAUCUUGCUAACAAGUACAAUCACGACAGCAAGAUCAGGCCCUUCGACGGCAUGCUGGAUCUCUCCAUGGUGAUGCCCCUGGCCGUCUGCCAGGCCCAGUUCGCCGCGGCCAAGGCUGGGACGCAAGGAGGCCCCGACGGGCUCACGAACGCUGUCCUCAGGGCGGCCCCCACAGAGGCAGCGAGGCUACUGCACCCCCUCUUCACCAAGGUGGCGACCACCGUGAGAGAGCCGCUGAGCUUCAAGGGUGGAGACCUGGUCGCAAUUCCCAAAGGAAAAGGCGACCCAAGGUACCUCCAAGCCUACCGCGAGAUCCUCUUAAACAACGUCCUGGGCAAGCACCACCACAAAUACCUAAGGACCAUGCUCAACACUACCCUCGCCAUAGCGCUGGAGGACAUCCAGGUUGGCGGCCGGCCCAAGCGAGGGGCGGACAUGGCGGUCCUCGCAGCGCGCCUCUUCACAGAGAGAAGUCAGGCCCAAGGGAAGUGCUCCAUGAUAAGCUGCUACGACUUAAAGGAGGCCUUCUAUUCGGUUGUAGUCCAGCUGGUUCAUGGCAUCCCAGGAGAAGAGGACGAAGUCCAGGAGGUACUAGAGAACCUCGAGGUUCCCCUGCGGGCCCAGCCGCAGCUGGAGCACCUCAUGGCCAACCCAAGGCCUGGCGUGCCCUUGGCCGACGCGGACUUCAAUCUGCUAUUCGGCCGAGUCCACCGUAUGAUUGACAGCUACCUUGCGCAGCGAGGGCUAC